CCGCGGGGGCACGCCGGGCCCGUGCGUGUGUGUGCGCGCGUGCGUGCGGGGGGCGGCCGGGCCUCCCCGCGCUUUUGUUUUUAAUUUUCCUUUUUAGAAAGAAAGGAAGGUUCAUGGUAUCUGGUGCUCUCUUCUUCCCAAUACAAUAAAUCUGUUGAAGACAUUAGAUUUUUUUUUUUUUUCCAAAAAUAAAAAGCGGCUGCAACAAACACACACCCAAUGCAGUUAGAAGGAACAGGCCACCUCCAUCCAGUACAGACCGAAAAGGUGGAUGUGGACCACAAGUUACAAACCCAGACACACCUGGAAAAGGAGGACGAGAAGAAUUAAAUCUAGAAAAGCCCAGCGGAGAUAAACGAAUGUCCCCACACCUCCAAAGGAAAGUUCAUCGAAUUUUUACUCUAGAGAUCUCAUCUUCAGGAUGUCAUUGAACACUUCCAGUACAGGAAAAGGUGUGGAUCCAAACACAGUUGACACUUACGACAGUGGCGAUGAUUGGGAAAUCGGUGUUGGGAAUUUAAUAAUUGAUCUGGACGCAGAUUUGGAGAAGGACAGACAGAAAUUUGAGAUGAAUAAUUCUACCAAUACCACCAGCAGCAGCAGCACCAGCUCCAAGGAUUGUGGGGCUCUGGCAUCCAGUGGGGCUAAUACUACCUCAGCCUUAGCUGAUGGCCUAAAAUUUGCUUCUGUUCAGCCCUCCGCUCCCCAGGGGAAUUCCUCUCACAAAGAGACUACUAAAUCAAAAGUGAAAAGGAGUAAAACUUCUAAGGAUUCUAAUAAAUCUCUGCCUUCUGCUGCCUUGUAUGGGAUUCCUGAGAUCGGCAGUGCUGGCAAGAGGCAGGAAGUCCAAGGGCGCCCUGGAGAGGCAACUGGCAUGAAUUCAGCACUGGGUCAAAGCGUGAGCGGUAACCCAAACGGCAAUAAUAACAGCACCAGCAGCACCACCGCCAUUGCCUCUUGUGGGAAAAACAAGGAGGAGAAACCAUGUAAAAGCCAGGGCAGCCGAGGCGCCAAACGGGAUAAAGAUGCGGGGAAGUCCCGGAAGGACAAGCAGCACGACGUGCAGCUGGGCCCCCCCAGCGGCCCUGGGGGCGGUGGCGGUGGACAGGGCCCCUCCGGGCACCUUUAUGGCUACGGGUCCAAGGGCAGUGGGGGGAGCGGCAGCCCCUUCCACUGCACCGCAGCCACUGGGGAAGUUAGCAAAGGCGCCCCGGAUUCAGGGUUAAUGGGGAACUCUAUAUUGGUAAAAAAGGAAGAGGAGGAGGAAGAGAGCCACAGGCGAGUCAAGAAAUUGAAGACAGAAAAGGUUGAUCCCCUGUUUACAGUGCCUGCACCUCCACCUCCAAUUUCCAGCAGUAUCACACCUCAGAUUCUGCCUUCCUACUUUUCUCCAUCUUCAUCCAAUAUUGCAGCACCAGUUGAGCAGCUUUUGGUACGGACUCGUUCAGUGGGUGUAAAUACUUACGAAGUUGGAGUAGUAACAGAACCCGAAUGCCUUGGACCCUGUGAGCCUGGGACCAGCGUGAACUUGGAAGGAAUUGUGUGGCAUGAAACUGAAGAAGGUGUCCUGGUGGUAAACGUUACGUGGAGGAACAAGACUUACGUGGGAACGCUGCUGGACUGCACAAAGCAUGACUGGGCCCCUCCCAGGUUUUGUGAAUCUCCAACGAGUGACCUGGAAAUGCGAGGAGGAAGGGGUAGGGGGAAGCGGGCAAGGUCUGCUGCAACUGUGGCUAUACCUGGAAAUGAUACAAGUUUCACUGAGUCUAGGGGACUUCAGAGUAAGAAUCGAGGUGGUGCUAAUGGAAAGGGAAGGAGGGGUAGCCUUAACUCAAGUGGACGCAGGACACCCCCAAAUUGCUCUGUGGAUGAAGUCAAAGCCAGCCCCUCAUCAACAAACAAGAGAAAAACUAAGCCUCCUAUGGAGCUAGACUUAAACUCCAGUUCAGAGGACAGUAAGUGUGGAAAACGUGUUCGUACUAACUCCAGGAGCACUCCAACCACCCCACAGGGGAAACCAGAGGCUACUUUUUUGGACCAAGGCUGCUCUUCUCCAGUGCUGAUUGACUGUCCUCACCCCAACUGCAACAAAAAGUACAAGCACAUUAAUGGACUACGAUACCAUCAGGCUCAUGCACAUUUAGACCCAGAAAACAAACUGGAGUUUGAGCCUGACAGCGAGGAUAAAAUUUCGGACUGUGAGGAACCAUUGAGUAAUGCGGCACUUGAAUGCAGUGAAGCAAGCACAAAUUUGCCAGGCUUUGAUCCACUAAAAGCACCAACAUCUCCUUCCUCUGUUACUACCCCAGGGACCCCCAAGGGAAAAAGGGAACCGACCAGCAAUGGCACCAGUUCAGUUAUCAGUUCCAAAACUGGCAAGAAUUCAGGCAAAAAGAAGGGUCUGAACAGUGAACUGAACAGCCUUCCAGUAAUUUCUAACAUGUCAGCCACACUGGAUAAUUGCUCUGUAACAGAUGGCAAUUUGCAAACUGAAAUGCCAAAACUGGAGGCCGAAGGGUUAAUAGACAAGAAGAGUUUGAGUGAUAAAGGCAAGAAAGCUAAUAACUGCAAAGUGGAUAAAAACAUUUCCAAACUGAAAACAGCCCGGCCCAUUGCCCCAACGCCAGCACCGGCUCCUCCCCAGUUAAUAGCUAUACCUUCUACAGCCUUUACAACCAGCACUACAGGGACAAUACCAGGACUGCCCUCUCUAACAACUACUGUUGUUCAGGCUACACCAAAGAGCCCUCCGCUAAAACCUAUUCAACCAAAGCCCACAAUUAUGGGAGAGCCAAGCACUGUAAACCCAGCUCUCACAUCACUCAAAGACAAAAAGAGAAGGGAGAAGCGUAAGCUAAAGGACAAAGAAAGCAAAGAGAGUGGAAGCCCUAAAAUGGAUUCUAAGCUGGGAAAGCUAGAGGAUUCAAAAGGGUCUGGGAAAGAUUUAUCUGGACAUUUUUUAAAGGACCAUCUCAAUAAGAAUGAAGUGUUAGCUAAUGGACUUUCUGAGUCUCAAGAGAGCAGGAUGGCAAGUAUUAAGGCUGAAGCUGAUAAGGUUUACACAUUCACAGACAAUGCGCCCAGCCCUUCUAUAGGGAGUGCCUCCAGGAUGGAAUGCAGCACUUUGGUGAAUGGACAAUCUUCAAUGGCGCCACUGCAUGUGUUAACACAAAAUGGUGCGGAUAGCGCUGCUGCUAAAACCAACAGCCCUGCUUACUCUGAUAUUUCUGAUGCAGCUGAUGAUGGUGGCUCUGACAGCCGGUCAGAGGGUGUGAGGUCAAAGGCCAGCUCUCCUUCAGAUAUCAUUUCCAAUAAGGACAGUGUUGUAAAAGUACAUUCUUCAACCGCAUCACAGUCGGCACAAGCGAAAGAGUCCCAUUCUCCCUAUUACCAUGGCUACGAUCCUUAUUAUUCUCCAAGUUACAUGCAGUCUGGACAGGUCAGUGCCCCAGCAGCUGGAAACUGCAGUACCCCACAGGGACUGAAGAUCAAAAAAGAGGCAGAUGAAGAGGCUGAAAAGAAGGAGAAGGGGGAACCGUCAGAAGCCAAGAAGAAUGAAAGUGGUUCCUCUAAUUUGCAGCCACAACAUCAGUCAGUAAUAACACAAAGACACCCUGCACUUGCUCAGUCACUUUAUUAUGGACAGUAUGCCUAUGGGCUCUAUAUGGACCAAAAGUCCUUAAUGGCCUCUAACCCUGCUUACAGACAGCAGUAUGAAAAAUAUUAUGAGGACCAGCGGCUAGCAGAGCAGAAGUUGGUACAGACUGGGAGGGACUGUGAAAGGAAGAAUGAACCUCCGUUGAAGGAAAUUGGAAAGGAUGAUAAGCAGAAAAAUAUUCCGUCUGCAACUAUUUCAAAGGCUCCUUCAACUCCGGAGUUGAGCAAAAAUAACACUAAAAUAGGGUCUUUGGUCCCUAGCAAAGGUGAGGAGACAAGCAAAUCACAGAUCCUUUCCAAUCACCAGCAGCAGCUUCAGUCUGACAGUUUCAAAGCCAAACAAAUGGAAAACCAUCAGCUCAUAAAGGAGGCUGUGGAGAUGAAAUCUGUCAUGGACUCCAUGAAGCAAACGGGCGUAGAUCCAACUACAAGAUUUAAACAGGAUCCAGAUACACGAACAUGGCAUCAUUAUGUCUAUCAGCCUAAAUACCUUGAUCAGCAAAAAUCAGAAGAACUUGAUCGGGAUAAAAAGUUAAAAGAAGACAGCCCUAGAAAAACACCUAACAAGGAAAGUUCCCUGCCUAACCUUCCUGUCUCAUUAGCAAGCAUUAAAGAGGAGCCUAAAGAGGUCAAGCGUUCUGAUUCUCAAUCAGUGGAUGAGAGCAAGAUAAAAAAUGAUGAUCGAAAGACUCCUGUAAAUUGGAAGGACUCUCGAGGUGCUAGAGUAGCAGUUUCCUCACCAAUGAGUCAGCAUCAGUCAUAUAUCCAGUACUUGCAUGCUUAUCCUUAUCCACAGAUGUAUGAUCCCAACCAUCCAGCCUAUCGAGCAGUCUCUCCUGUCCUAAUGCACAGCUAUCCUGGGGCAUAUCUCUCUCCAGGAUUUCAUUACCCAGUUUAUGGGAAGGUGUCAGGGAGAGAAGAGGCGGAGAAAGUCAGUACCAGCCCAAGCAUCAAUACGAAAUCAACCACUGAGUCCAAAGCACUGGAUUUGCUCCAGCAGCAUGCCAGCCAGUAUCGCAGCAAGUCUCCUGUUCCCGUGGAAAAAUCGGCAGCUGAGCGUGAACGGGAAGCAGAAAGGGAACGAGAUCGUCAUUCACCUUUUAGCCAGCGACAUCUCCACACACACCAUCACACACAUGUUGGAAUGGGUUACCCGCUUAUACCUGGACAAUAUGACCCAUUUCAAGGAUUGACCUCUGCUGCCCUUGUUGCCACUCAGCAGGUGGCUGCGCAGGCAUCUGCAUCUGAGAAUGAUGAGUUUGGAGAUGUACAUUGUCAUGUGACUGGAUCACAUGAGGAAGCGCUUUAUUACAGACAUCAGUUCCAUGGUGUUAAUUUGAGAUGCCUUAAUGGCAGGCAAAAACCAGUCAUUUCAUUUUUGUAAAUUGCAGAUUUUAUCACAGAGUAACAAAUGUUGCUGUAAUUAGACUUCUGUUUUUAUAUAUAUAUAUGCGUAUAUAUAUAUACAUAUAUAUAUAAAAAUAUAUAUAUAUUCUUUACUUUUUUUGUAUCAAUAACCAGGCUCACACACAGGGUCUGCUGCUAAGUUGCAAACCACCUAGUAAAAGGAGAAAUGUAUUUGUCAUGUUUAGAAAGUGUUAACCACAAAAGGUUGUUUGUUUCUUUUCUCUUCUUCUGUUUCCUUUUUUUUUUUUUCCUUUCAAAUUGUAAAUAAAUAAUGUUAUGUAUCAGUGUGCCUGAACCUUGCGUACCCUUCUGAUAUUUCCCACAAGCUCUCAGAGAGGCUAACUGUGAUGACACUUUGGUACAAUGUAGAUGUCUAUUUGGUGGCUUCUAUUAAGAUGCAUCAGUGUAAAAUGUUACUGUAUUCGCUGUUUCAUUGUAAUUGUGUAUUGUGAAAAAUAUACCUUUGGAAGGCAUGGGGAUCUUAGUACCACAAAAACUGUGUUGUACAUAAUGUAAAAUUUUUAAAUGGAAAAUAAUGAGCAUCUGUGAAUAAUGAAAUGUCUUUUUUGAUAAUCUUGAAUGGCAGAUAACCAAUAGCCUGCAUAACAGAAGACAUCUGUGAUUGUUCUAUUACUUGAAUAGUCCUGCAGUCUUUUUUUUAAUGUUUACAAUUAUCCAGUUUUAGAAGAGAGACUUUAAUGCCAUUGCCUGGUUACUUGUUUUAUGCUGUAAUCUAGUUUAUUUUAUGUAAAAUGUAUAUUGAAUGCUUUCAUUUUUAUACCUGCCUUAAAUAAUUUGGCAAUCAGAAUAAAGAAAAAAAGUUGUUUUUGUACUUUCUUGGUGUCUAUGGGCCACUUCAAAAAUGUGUGUAGUAGGCGUAGGUAGCAGAGCCUGAAGUUGCCACACAACUCCUAGUCUGUGUCUCAGAAGCAUUCCCUGGGACUCAGUUACCAGUGUGCCCAGCAGCGAUUCUCUGCCUUCCUUGCUGGGCCUGCAGUGCUGUCUUCUCCCAGGGGCAAUGUGGGACCCAAGCAGCAGACCGCUUUCUGUUGACCCCAGAAGGCUUGGAAGAGGCCCAUGGUAGACUCAGGUGGCAUUUGUGGUACUUGAAAAGGCACUACAGGUUUGCCUUUUUUAGCACAGCUGUGUUACUAUAAAAUACAGGUGAUUUUUGUGUGAUAUCUGUAUUGCCCUCAAAAAUAAGCAGGUGCACAAAAAUGGAGAACAUAUAGCUUAAAAGAAAAAGGCCAUUGCUGUGCUUAACCAUUGGUACCUGUAUUACCACAAAAUAAAUGUAUUUUGUGGCCAUAUCGCCUAUGUUGUUAUAUUGCACUAAACACAGUACACAGGAUUACGAAGACACUAAUUGUAACUUGAAAAAAAAAGUCAGAUUUACUGGUCAGGUUUUUGAGGCUUUAAAUUCUAUCCUUUCCUACAUAUCCCAGUUGUAUCACCUGUUGAAACUAUUUUUUAAAGUUUAAUAUUGUUUUGGUUUUUUUUUGGCAGGGUGAAUUAAUGGAAGUUAGAGCUGUUUAUGAAGUCCAUUCCAUUUCUCCCGCCUUGUGAAUACUUAAUACAGAUGGAUGAAUUAAAGGUCCUCAGCAGACAAGCACACUUGGAGUUUUUAUAUUGCUAUGAUGAAUCUGCCAUUCAUAUUGCUAUAAUUGUUUUAUUUUUGUAGGCGUAAAAUCAGUUCACUUAGUGGCUAGUAGUAAGGCUUGUUGAUUUUUAAUAUACAUUAUUUGUCUGUGGCUAACUUACAUCUUGUUCUGAACACGUUCAUAAGGCUCACAGUGCUGACAUACCACAAACUAGUUUCAUCAGAAAUGGGCAGAAAAGGGUGCUUUUUUUGGAGAUGGGGAUAUUGUGAAUACAGAACUCCAGAAAAAUAAGUGCCUUAUGACUUCUAUAUUAAAAGCCUAGGUGGCUUUUGUACUGAGAUAUGCCAUUGAUUUCUUUUCUGUCUAGACUGCUAAUGCUUCUGCAGCAAAACAGAUCUUACAAAUUCACACCAUCUGUGAUUUUGAUUUGGUGUGGCUUAAUAUUGUGUUGUAGGUAACUGGAAUGAAUUACUCUGAUUGACACAGGGUAAGCAGCAGCUAAAAUAAUAUUUAAUGUUAUAGCUUUAUUAUGUCCUUGAAAUCUGUAAGAGAGGCUUAUGGUCAUUGCCAUUUAUUGUCUUCCUCCACUAAGGUUAAUUUUUUCCCUCUAUCUUCAUAACUUUCCUUUCGAUUUAAUGCUUUCCACUUCCUUAAAAGCUAUGUAACUGGUUCAGUACUCCUCAAAGCCAAAAGCUGUUCAGCUACGUGUCCAAACUUGACAUGCAACUGCUGUAAUCAUCUAAUCCCUGUAUACCCAAAUGAUGAGCAGAAUUAAACAAUAAUAUGAGGAAGGCAGUUUACAAACCUGGGAACUAAGGGCUGCAGAAGCUGAUAGCUGGCAAAGGGCAUCUGAAGCAGUGUGGUACAGAUCUACUUGUACCUUGGGCAGGGCUUGCAUUCCUUGUGACUUGCAACUAACAACCCUACUGCUCUGCUCUUAUAGCACCUACUAUCAAUGAACCUACUCUGUCUUUCAUCAAAAUGUUGCCAGACAUCUCUUAGAGGUGAACUAGGGCUUUGUUAUUACACUUACUUCUCUGAGUUUCUAAUCUGUCCAUGCCAUGCAGCUAGAGGAAUGAAACGUCUCGUCAGUGGGAGCCCACCACACCAACCCACAAAGCCCAGCCAGGGAGCUAUUGCCUGUGAUGCUUGCACUGGGAAAAAACAGAUGUGAAUCGAGAGGCGGUAGGUUGUUUUGUUUUGUUGUUGCUUUUGAUCAGUCUUGCAAUUCUGGAGGCUGAAAUAGGAUGGAGAUCUAAAAGACAAUUGGAUGGCUGUCCUAGCUAAACUAUUGAAAAUGGGGCUCAAGAGAAACAUUUUUCCAGUUUUGUAUGUGGCCUUGGGGAACACUUAAGAACUUACAGAACUAAUUCUGUGCUGUUUCCUGCAUCCCUUGCUUCUGAAGGGUGUGUUGCGUGGAUGUAAUCACUGGGUCAUAAGUCUCCAACAAAUGCUGGCAGUGCAUGUGCCUUCAGUAGGUGUGAGAUGAGAGAACACAUGAAUCCGUACUAGAAUGUACCAUGUACUGCUGAUAGUACAAAAACUGGCAUAAAAAAGAGCUUCAGAAGUGCAUUUCUGCAGUUCCUCAGCCUGGCUGUUAUCAGGGAGGGUGAAAGAAUCAUGCAAGAAAUCUAGUGCUUAUUUCCUAGUGGCAUCACAAUCUUGCCACUGAUUGAUCACAGCUAACAAAUGUACUGUCCUCAUCAUUCUGCCUCAGAAUAUCUCACUAAAUAAUGGUUUGCCGUGUAAGAGCUCUCUUGCUCUUUCACACCUCUCUCCUACUCUUCUCUCUGCUUGACCACUUAACAAGCUCUCAAGCUUUCGUCCAUUCAAUACCAUCAAAACUCAGUCUUCCUGUAUGUAUUUAUGAGAUAUUGAGAUUUAUGAUCUCAACCCUUGAUUACUUCUCUGCCUCUUUCCUUUUAUCAACCUCCCUUUCUGAGCUGUUUUUAAAUAUAUCUUAUGCUGUGUUAAUGCAUCCUAUUUCUCUUCAGCCUGAAGUGUUGUGGAUAGUCUUGUUUCACCGUCAUAUAGAACAGGUCUUAUUUAUAGCUCCUUCUGAAUAAUAGCAAUGGAUGAUUUUAAUAUAACAUAGAUGAUAGUGUAAGUUCUCCUGAGUAGCUAGAGCAGACCAUUAUUAACAAGGACAUUUUUAGACCAUUAUUAACUAACAAAAGACGUAACAGUUUUAAAAGGAAUUUUGAAACCAUCUAAUAACACAGGAACUAGAAAAAAAUAUCAAGCCCAUAGAAGCAAUUUGAUGGUGUAAUCAGAGAGAAAUGGAGGUAUACAGUCAUUGCUUAAUGAACCAGCUUUGCUUUUAUUUAGAAGGAAAACUGUUUUCUUCAUUUGUUUCAGUUUUAAUCUUUUACGUAUCUUUCUAUAUCAACGCUCCGUAAAAUCACCAUGAAUUAUGAUUUUCUUUGAUGGUUUUACUUACAUCAGCAUUUCCUAACUUCACAUAGUUUUAGCCUUUUCUUUAAGUUUUUUUGUUUUGUUUUGUUUUGUUUUUGAGCAAGUCCUACUUGUUACUUUUACUGAGAAAUGCAUGAGUAUAUCAUUCAAGAGAAGUCACAUUUGACUCGCAGAAGCAGCAUAAGCUAUCUGCUUCAGUUUAAAUGGAAAAACCCCAGGUCAUUUUAUGUUCUUCACCGCUUUCUUUAGAGCAUGAGAUUUAGAAAGUCUGUUUUUCAUGGAAACUGGAAAACAAAAGAAGUCUAAUAACCUGUAUAUGUUUUUCAGCUCAGUUUCAGGACACCUUUACUGAUCCAGAGACCAUUUUCUGCCUUACCAUAGUGCACACAAAGUCCUUUCUAACCUAUCCAGUGUCUUUCAGAAGUUGACUCUGUUAUUCUGAGGGAGGGGAAAGCUUUUCAAAGACACUAUUUUUCACCUUCUCAACCAUUUUAAGGUAGUUUGAUGGUUGUAGGAAACCAUUAAAAUCCUUAUAGCGACUCUUAGGAAUUGCAACCAGCUAAAUAGUGUUCUCAACUCUUAAAAUUCUUAUCUAGGCUGAUAAAUGAGCAAACUCAAGGAUUUUGCACAGGUAAUUAUUACUUGCCACUGACAAUAUUUAUCAUGUAGAAAAGUUGUUAUCCACUGUAACGUCGUAAAGAAGUGCUCUGGGAACUUUGAAAGCAGAUGUUAUUAUAGACAGAUGAACUGCUAUAGAUUAAGGUGAUAACUAGUUCUGUUUCAGUAGCUACAUGGUGUUUUCAGCAGCUUUGUGAAAUAUUUUGAGGUGAUAUAAUGGUGUGUGUUAGUUAUGUGAUUUCCAUCAUUUGAAUUUGCUGAUGUAGAACUGUGCUUGUUUGUAGUUUUCAGCAUAAUGCUUCAGGGUUGCUUUGUGAAACUGAGUAGUAUAGUAGCGCCUGAUGAAAAAAGAACUGAGGAAGCAACAAUUCUCUGAAAGCCUUUUUAAACCCUGAACACAAAUUUCAAGGUAUGCAUGUUGACAGAUAGAGUAAAUGGUUGCAGUCCUUGGCUGGAGAGGAUGGAUGGGACCAAGACAGUCCCAAGGAGCCCCUGCCCCAACCUGAAUGUGGUGAACCAAGGACCUGCAGUUUGCUGCUGCAAGACUUGUUUUGGAACUAUUUCUAAUAGAAGAGUAUGCAGGAGAUGUGCUUCAGUCGAACCCUUGUUAAUAUUUUCUUAAUUAGCCCAGUGCAAGCCAAAACAGUGGAAAUAAAUAAAUAAAGAUAAAUAGCCCCAGAGUUUUCUGAUCAGAGAACCUCCUAGGUAGUACUUGCUGCAGUUUGCAUUUAUAAAACUUUUGUCCACGUGACACUAGAAAUAACUUGAGGGAGGAAGGGAAGAUUUUCCUCUCCCCCAUGCCUCAUGAAUGACUGAAAGGGACAGGAUUUGCACUUAGUUUUAAAAAGAACUGGCCUUUAAUAUGCGUGCUGAGUCUGAGUAAUUUUCUUGAACAGAACCGGUUUCUACUUGAUAAGUCUUCAUUCUGCUGUGCUGGCCUUCAGACAUCUGCCUACCUUAUUCCUUUGAGUAUCUGUGUUUCCUUGGUGACAGCAGAAGGAAGCAGAUCAAGGACUAGAUGGACUGUAGGGAUGGCCUGACAGUUCUGCUUUUCCAUUGCUUCUGCAUGCCAGAGCAAGGCUUUUGUAAUUCCUUUUCUCCUCACCUUUCCCUACCUCUGUCUCCAGGUCAGUUUUAAGUGUUUGCAGUGAUAAGCCCCAUCAAGCUGCUGGUCUUUUAAGCAGAGCUCCAGACAGAAAGGUCAUUAAAAUGUCAGUGACACAAUAUGUUUUCCAUGCCUUGAUUUGGGAUGUAACAAUUUAAUACCAGGCUUUGCCUCAAGUAUCUGCUGAGCCCCUUAAUGAUCUUCCUACUUUCAAAUGAACUGGUUUCCUCUAAUAGAGAGUUUGCCAAAAUCCUCAGCCUCUGUAGAUGUCUUGUGACUUACUGAUGUCAGAUGGCCAUUUUACAUUUUAUGUAUUGUAAUUUAAUGUUGAUGAGUAGUUCAGCACCAACAUAACAUUUUCUCAUUCCCUUUCCUCAAAGAGCAGGGGGAGAAAAUAGUAAAAAAGGCUGAAGGAGAAGGACAGGGAGAUUGUUCCCCAAUUGCUGUCAUGGGCAAAAGAAGUGUAGCGUAAGACACUGAAGCAAUUUGUUGCCAACUAAUAACAGACCAGAGCAAUGAGAACUAAAAGCAAACAAACUGAACCACCAUCUUCCCAUCCAUAUUCUUUGUUCAUCUCCCCACAAAUGCCACAGAGGAACAGUGGACAGUGGCUGCUGUGGUCAGCCGAUAACACUCUAUCCCUGCACCUCUCCACGGUCACUCUCCGCCCCUGCUGCACGUGGGUCCCUCCCAUUGAUGCCAUCCUUCCCAAUCUGAUCCUGCAUAAGCCCCCCAGGCAGCAGCUCUCCAAGCACUACUUCUGCACCGUGCCACUCUUCAGGCACUGCUCCCCCAGCCCUCGUGCUGCCCCAUGGGCUGCUCUGCCUGGGCUGCAGCUCCAGCCCAGGGCUGCUUCUGUGUGGUACCCACAGCUGUACCUCCUCCAGGCCACAUCCACAGCUGCAUCAGGGGCUCCUCCAUGUCCACAUGUGGAGAUGCACUCCAUGCAGUGCCCAUGGGCUGCAGAAAGCUGCUGCUCAGUGUCUGGAGCAUCUCUCAUCCUCCUGCCCCAUCCUCAGGGCACACAGAGCUGCUUCUCUCACACAGCUCGCUGUUCUCUCCCAGCUGCUGUCGAGUGACAAUUUUUCCUUUCCUAAACCUGCUGUUCAAGAGUGCAAUCAGCACUGCUCAUGGCCCAGCUCUGGCAACACUGGGUCUUUUCUGGAGCAGUUGAAGAUGUCUCUGAUCUGACAUGGGACAGUGCUGGGCCCUGCUCACAGAACCCCUGCAGCACUGCCGAUACCAAACCUAAGUAGAUCAUUUGAGUUACAUACAGAGAGGGAAGGGAACUAUUAAAGGCUUGUCCUGGUGGUUAGGCAGGACAGGACACUUUGACACAGAAGUCACCAAGCCAAAAACUGCUGAAUCUGCCCUACAGAUUCCAGUGUUAAACUCUACUGAAACAGGAGGAUUUGGAGAGUCACAGGUCCAGCAAGAUCACCCAAGCAGAAUAAAGAACAGUGGCACUACAUAAGUCACUAACCAACCUAGGGUGUAGUUAGAAAACACUGAUACCGUGAAUUGCAGUGCUCUAGUGCAUAAAGCUCUGGUGCUGGACAGAUGGCUUCCCACAGCUAACAUAGAACGUACGUCUUCAGAUCCAGUUGGACUGUCCUGAAUGCUCAGGCAGCUGCUGUAUGCUUACAAGCUGCUGCUGGCUCAUGAGUUGUCAUCUCAGUACAAUUUGAUUUCUUCAGAAUCACGGGUCUGCAGCAGCAAGAGACACAGUGUUUGUUAUGCCACAAGUGGUGGAACUUACUGAGUCCAAACAACUUACAGAAGAUGAAGCAGCAUAAAGCAUGAAGUAGCCUGCAAGCUCAAGCAUGGCCAUGACAACUUAGUCUAUAGAAGACACUAUGCUUGUCACAUCUCUAAUAAAUAUGCAAUUCCCCUAUUUCCAAGAGAAUGUGAUUUCUCUUAUUUUUGAACUGCUAUACACCAAGGACAGGUCUCUUCGUCUGCCACGUGAAGACAGGAGUUACUGUUCUACAGAGAAAGGGAACAUAAUUGCAGAGUAGAAUAUUGUCAGCUAGGAGACUAUCCGUCAAAUCAGAGGUGUAUUUCUGCAUUUGCACUCCCAGUUGUGGCAGUAAAUUGAAAGCUUUGGUUCUCUGUUUUCUUGUUAAGUAGAUCAAUUCUCAUAUUCUUUUGGGGCACAUGAAAUGGCAGUAUUAGAUUACUAGCCAUCAGUAAGAAGGGCCUAUAUCUUCUCUCAUUAACUGGCUGGUACACAUUGUAAGAAUCCAUCUUGAGUAUUUUUCUCAGUGGGAAACCAUACUUUUGUUCUUACUAGAUCUUUUAUUUUGGCUGCUGCAUUUUCAAACAGCAUGCAACAUAGAUAAGGGAGAUCCCAGCUGAAAUCUUCAGGACAGCUUUUCAUAUGUUUUCAAAAUUUGUAUCACACUCUCAUAUUACCUAUCCCGGUAUUUGACAGAACCAGGCUCUUUCCAGUGGUGCCCAGUGGCAGGACAAAGGCCACAGGAUGAAACACUUUGCUGUGUGGAUGACAGCAAGCACAUUGCAGUGGAUGAUGGAUCAGUGUAACGCAAGCGUAUGGAAUUGGUUCUGGAGGGGGGGGAGUGGGAGGGAUUUAUCAGAGCAGUGCAGGACCACUUUGCCACUUGCCCUUUCACACACCCACACCCCUUUCUAGACUGUGGUUAUAUUUACUCUCCCUUAGUCCCUAGUGAUAGCUUCAAGGUUGGAUGCUGUUCUUGAAUCUCUCUGUUCUAACACCAUCAGGAGUAAGUUGCUAGCUAAUCACCAAGGAAAAGAGUCUUGCAGGACAAGUUAUUCUGGGACAAGUGCAGCUAGUAAAGACAAGUUUUUAAUGGCUUUCUGGCCUAUUUGGAAUUUCAUACGUUCAAUAAUUAGUGAACUUCUUAGUAUUUUCCUAUUUGAAGUCACUAGUAGGCUGUCUCUCCUAUGGCUAUUUACAAGUUCUUAUGAAAUUAUAGGUCUUUGAAGCAUCUGUCUGUAGUUUAAUUGCAACAGACUCAAACGUUAUGUGCAAGGGAAGGGCUACGUAUAGUUUAAUCACAGGAACUGUAAAUGAGAGUUGUGUCAGGCUCUCCUCUUGUGUAUGUCCUAAACAGUGAAAAAGGCAAACAGCCUAAAGGCAGAUGUGAGUGUAACCACAUCUAUUCCCCUCACAGCAGUGGGGUGACUGGGGCUUCUGUAAGGCCCUAUAUGUGCAACUGCAUCGUGCUCUGCACCACAAGCACAGUGCAGAAUGUCUCCAGAGACCACAGCUGUAGUAAAGAGAAGUGGCUGUAUUUCAUUUGUUUUCUUAGAAGUGUAAAGCCAUGAAUAACGUGGGAAACUGACAUAAGCCUACGUAGCAACUCUUGACUUCUAGAUCUGCCAGUAGUCACAAGAAUGAAUAGUCUCAAAUUAUUCUGUUACAGAGGUAUUUAUAUGUUUAGCUGUAGGUUUAACGUGGCUUUAUUACCAUGACACAAGGCACAGGACAGUCUGGAUUUAAGAAAAGUUAUGGGCAUUAUUUUUAAUGCUUCUGGGUGCCAACAAACAGCAGCGAAUAUUUCUGCUCUUUUAUAAUAAGCUAGUUCAGACAUAGCAAAAGAAGGAAGGUUUAUUUUUGAAAACUGUGAGUAGUCACAACAUAAUGGUUUCGUUAUCUAAAUUUCAGUCACAACAAGGACAAAAAAAAAAUCCCUCUUGUGCAUGCUGAAGAGCUUUUCAGUCCUGAAAAAAACAAUACCAUAUUCACACUAAUGUUUGCUUGCAUAAUAUAUUGACUGUAGACACACUGGCAGUUUUACAUAAUAACUUAAAAGCAGUCUUGAUCAUCUGAAAGGUUAUAAUUGUUCUUCCCCUUUCCUGAAAGGGUAAUGAAAGGACAACUAAAAAGCAGAACUAUAUAGUUAUUUUCUAACUGGCACUAACAAAUUUAACCAAUUAUAGAGUCCAUUCUGUAAGCAAUGAAUGUAUGGCUCCCAAUUAAUCUAGUGUACCUCUAGGCAAGGUCUAAAUCAGCUGGAUACAGCUAAAGCAAUUUGCACACAGCUAAAAGCAAAUUGGAAAAUAAGUGUUCCACGCUACUGCCUAUCUUCCCAAGCCAAAUACACAAUGGUAUGCUGGCAGCAGUGCUCUGUCAUGUUAUUUGCAACUAUCAAUUUUAAUUAUAACAAUUAUUGAUUAGUUGGGAAAGUGAAUAACCUAAUGUUCAAAUGAGAUUGGCACAGCUUCUGGGGAUCUUUCUUCCCUUUCAUGCAUACGUCUGUGCAGCAUUAAGAAAUACUAAGAAGAUACCUGCUUCACUUUACUAAGCUUAGCUAACUGUGAAGUUGCAGCAGUGAUUUUUGUUGUUAUUUUUGUUUACAACACAAGUUGAUAAGAAUUGAACAAGGGCUCAGUUCAGGACUGCAGGCCAAAAAUUCCAAAUGUAGGCACGUACCUAUUUUCUUACUUAACCACCCAAGCAAAUGAGCUGCUUUGUACAUGAAGAGUGCUUCUUUUGCCCAAUGAUUCCAGCUAUUUGCUAACCUACUUUUAGAAACAAGCUGCUUCUUUUUGUAGAACAGUGCUUCUCUUGGAAGAGAGAAAAGAGGAAAUAGUCCAAUCCUAGAUGCACUGAAGGUUGUAUGAAUUUCAGCUAAAUAGAGCCAAGAGGAGUAUAUCCAGAAUGGAACAGGGUUUCAACCACAAAAGCUGAACAAAGGUCCAAGCUUUUGGUGCAAUGCUCUCCUUUGCUAUGUUGCUCAAGACUCAGUAUUCACUUGGCGUGAUCCAGCAGGCAGACAGCUACUGGGCGCUGCAUGCCAAAGACUCCCUCCAGGAGCAUUAUGGACUGCCUUCUCCAAAGCUGGUGGGCAAAGGGAUGUUCCCCUCCAUGACUCAGUCUUUUCCAGAACUGAAACCUGUAGCUAUUGGGGCAGCUUAAUUGGACAACAAGACUUCUCCACCAGAUCAAGAGCCAGAGAGCUUGCUAACAGCUCUUGACAUCGGAGAACACAAACAAAGCAAAAAAUUUCGAAGGUGUUGGAGUGAAUCCUGGAUGUGCCAAUCAGGGGAAUGGCCAUGUCUUGUAACAAACAGCUUCCUGAGAGAAAAAAAGUGGAACCGUUCACUAGACGUGUGUCUCAUUAUCUGAUCACCUUCAGUGUAUGUACGCAAUGGAUAUGAUAUCUCCUGCUCUGUAUCUUGUGUUUCCAAGAUCUUUUGCUCAGUGUCAGGACUUAGUAUUCUCAUUCAAAUUAUUUUACCCCAUAUUCCAAAGCUUACAGCAGGCUCUGCUCAAUCUUAUAAAGGUGUGCUUAAAAACAGAGCCCUGUCCCAGCCUUUUUCUUAUUCCUUUUUUUCUCUUCUGUUGCAUUAAGGGCAAAAACCAAAUAGCAGUUUCCUGCUUAAUAAUAUUUAACAAUUUAGCAUUGUUGUAUCACAGAACCAUGAAAAAUUACAGUUUACAGUCCCUUAGCUGGCGCAGGACAGUGCAAUUCAGUUUGUUAGGCCAGGAAUUGAUAGUUAUUUAAAACAUAGUAUUAGUAUUAAAAUUGCUGUGCCUGUCCAUAACUUCGGGAUCAGAAGCAUUCUCCAAAGAACCAUGCUCCCACCUACAAUAAGUGCUUUUCACUUCAGAUUAAUAUGUCUUCAUUUGCCCUGUCACUGUGCAGACAGAGUGCACCUCAAACCAACUGAGGUCAAGUAGGAGUCCAACUAGGCAAAUUAUUUUUACAUUUAGAGAACGUAAGGUCAGUGCACUGGGGGGAUUUGAGCACCAAAAAAUGUGUAGAUGUAGGAUUUUAUGGAUUUCCAUAAGUACUAUCACAGUGCAAUCCAGGGUAGUUAGGUAGUUAGGCAUCUGGCAACUGUGCUUGAAUGAUCUUGAAAAUGCUUUUGAAAAUGCAGCUGCAUUUGCACCAGAAAUGUUCAGGCAUUGUUGUUUUCUCCCUCUCCUGCUGCCUCAGGUCUGCUGAGAUGUCACCCUAGCAGUAAGAUGCAAAACUAUAAAGUGCAGUAGCCUGCAGGACAGCUGGGAGCCAUUCUGCUGACUAAGGCUCUGGGAGGCCAGUGGCCCAGGAUGAGUGGCACCAUGUCCACUGAGUGCUGGGGACCUGUUUGCUUGGCAGUCUGUGCUGCAUGACAGAUAAAAGAAGUCAAAGUGAAAACCAGAGAGCAUUAGACAAACCAUCUCCUGGUUGGCUUGAGGUGGCCACAAGCAAAUACAUGGGAAAGAGCGAGAAGAAACCCAUCUAUGCCAGUAUUCUCCCACCUUCUGACAGUUUUCUCACCCUCUUUAAUUUUUUCUACAUAAUUAUGUACAAACUUUGAAUUCAGAGUGCGAGUUCAUUCUCCUGUUGGAUGCAAUAUGAACUUCCUGAAUUUACAGUGUUCCUUGCCAUGGAUUUUCCAUGUGCACUGCACAUUGCAUUGAGACCUGCUGACUGCGAUGCCUGUUACCUUUAUUUGACAAACAUUGGACUCUUGAACUGAAAAUCACAGCAUACAAUUUCUCUAAUCACCUUCCCUCUGUGUCUCUUGUGAUCUUUAGACUUAAAUGUGUUUUCUCGUAAGUGCUCUUUUUUUCACACUGACAGCCAAACUAAUUGUUGUGGGGUUUUUUUUUUUGUUUUGUUUUGCUUUGUUUUGUUUUGUUUUCCCUGUUUUCCUUUUCUCCUCUGUAUGGAGUCUUUAAAUCAUCCUUAUCACCUUCUUGAACAUUCUCUGAAUGUCAUUUACUAUUGUAGAGGCAAAUAUCCAUCUUUCCAUGGUGAGAACUCCCCAUUUAUUUCCAUCCUUUACCUCCUGAGUUUUAGGCAGUUACAUCUCUAUUUGUGCAUUUAUUCUGGUGAAUUUCCUUAAAAAACAUAGUGUAGUGGUUUCAGAAUUAAUUUCCUUUGUGAAGGAUCAUGUGAUGCUGCAUUUUGGAUUUGUGUGAAAAGUGGUGUUGCAAACUCAACAAUACUUCUGUUAUUGGAGAGCAGUAGUAGCACAGAGCCAAGGUCUUUUCUGCAUCUGGUGCUGCCCUGCCAGCCAGGAGCUGGGGAUGCACAAGGAGAAGGGAGGGGAUACAUCAAGGACAGCUGACCUAGACUGGAUGAUGGGAUGUCUCAUACACUAUCAUGGGAGAGGUGCUCAAAGUGAAGCAUUUGCUUUCCCAAGAAACCACUAUGUGUGAUGAGCCGUGCUUUCCUGGAAUUUCUGCCUGUUGAUGGGAAGUAUUGAAUGAAUACCUUAUUUUGCUUUGUGUGGCUUUUGCUUUACCUAGUAACCUGUCUUUAUCUCAACCCAUGAGUUCUUGCACUUUUACCUUUCUGAUUCUCUCCCUCAUCCCACCUGGGGUGAGUGAGGGAGUGGCUGGGUAGCAGCUGCCUGCUGGGUUAAACCAACUCAGUAUAAGGCACGAAAGGUUUGAGGUGAUGACAGUUUUAGUUGGAGUGUAGAGAUGUUAUAGCUGUUUAGCUGCUAAUUGGCAGGUUCCUGUGCUUGUCGUGGGGCUUGCUUGCCUUAUUGUAUGCUAGAGUUCAGUGCUUGUUAGUGACUGCUUUUGCUUCUGCCAUUUGCUGUACUCCCUUAGCAUCUUGCUUUGCUGUGCCUGGGAACAUUUGGUAAUAGUAUGUGCCUGGGCUGUCAAGUGGAUGGGGUAUCACUGCUUUUCCUGUGCUGCUGUAUUGGACAGGCUAGGAUUCCAGUAUGGCUUGAGUCAGAAGAACUGUGGCCCGUGGAUGAGUCCACAUGGAAACAUGUACAUCUCAGUGUGUCUGUGGCUAUGGUACAGCAGGUGCACCUUGUAGUGUUCAUGUCUGUGGAUAUGGUCAUACCAGAAUACUUUGAACCAUUUGUCUGAGUGGAUAAGAACAUUAUACAGUAGGUAUCUGAAGGUUCUAUGGCCAACGGAUGAAGCCAUGCCGGAGUAGGUACACUUUGAAAGGAUUGUAGUCAAUGGACACUCCCAAACUGGAAGGGACAAGGAGAGAAGUUCUUUGCAAUGUUAAAUGCUUUGGCUUGAUUUGAAUAGUCAAGGAGUGGAGAUUGUAAUAGUAAUAAUAAGUCUUUAAAUUGUUGUAACUCUUUAUUUAAGUUACACGUUAUAAGGACAUUCUAUAGCAGGAACCACUUGAAUCAAUGGAAGAUGAACCUCACAAGGAGCAGUGCAAGUACAGCAGUGACUCAACAUGAAUUGUCUUUGGCACCCAGUAACUCCAUGCAACACACUGCUUCUGCUGUCCUGAGCAUCCACCGAAACAGACAGAAGCUAAGUCGUGGACUAAAAGAACUCAGUGGACAUUUUAUGGAUGUGAUAUAUCUGUGUAUCAACUGAAAGGUUGUAACUAAUGAGAAUGUAUUGGAAAGUGUAGGACAUGAGCAUGACGUGAGUGAUAUGGAAUAAGGGGUGGAUAUUGUCAUAGUUUUGUCUGAAAUUGAGUCUUUUUUUUUUUUUUUUUUUUAAAGACUGAUUUUAUGCUUUUUUGCUUGUUUUUUUGUUUUCAAAAAUAGUGGGGAUAAAUCAACAAUAUUUUAGUUGUUGCAAAGCAGUACUUACACAGAGCCAAGGACUUUUCAGCUUCUCACACCACCCUGCCAGUGAGGAGCUGGAGGUACACAAGAAGCUGAGAGGGAACACCCCAAUUGAUCAAAGGGAUAUUCCAUACCAUGUAGUGUCAUGCUCAUCAAUAAAAUACUGAGUAAAUAAAGAGGGAGGGUGGGAUGUUGGGAAUAAUGGAGUUUGUAUUCCCAAGAAACCAUUACAUGUAAUGAGCCCUGCUUUCCUGGAAGUGGCUGAACAUCUGCCUGCCAAUGGGAAGCAGUGAAUGAAUUCCUUAUUUUGCUUUGCUUGUGCACAUUGCUUUUGCUUUACCUAGUAAACUGUCUUUAUGUCAA